AUACUGCAGCAGACGUCCCCAUAGGAUCUUAACAGUGGUUUUGUGAUGUAGCAUUUUAAUCUACGGGACCAAGCUAUCCAUUUUUCCCAUGGAGAUAUUUAAAAAAUUACCUCUGACAUUAUGUUCUCUGUAUCUGUUCAUCUUUUAUUUCCCACAUGUGAAUGCAUCCAGGAGGCCGUGGACAACUGCUGAUAACAGCAGUGGGGCCGGGACGAGGAGAACCAGAGCUGUAAACAGGCCUAUUCCCAUCAACUGUAGGUUGGGGCCCUGGUCACAGUGGACACCCUGCAACGCCUGCACAGACAAAAAGUUUCGUUUCCGAUACCUGGAGAAACCGUCACAGUUUGGCGGCACAGAGUGUUUUGAGACUUUGUGGGAGCAUCUGACAUGUCCGACAGCAACUACAGAGUGUCUGGUGCCAGAUUACUGUGGAGAAGACUUCACCUGCAAAGAAACAGGGCGCUGCAUCAGUCAGUCUCUCCGCUGUAAUGGAGAGCCAGACUGUGAUGAUUUUUCUGAUGAAGACGAGUGUGAAGACUUCAACCGGAGAGACGACAAGUGCUCCACCCUCAUGCCAAUCCCUGGGGCUGAACGUGGCAUUCAGGGCUACAAUGCAUUGACAGACGACUUUGUGGAUCCUGUACUCGACCCAAAGUACUUUGGAGGAAAGUGUGAAUACGUCUACAAUGGUGAAUGGAGGAAAUUUGUCUAUGACUCAUUUUGCGAGAACCUGCACUACAACGAAGAUGAGAAGAACUACAGAAAGCCCUACAACUAUCAUGCUUACCGUUUUGUGGCUGAAGCUACAUCUGAGGGCUCUCAUGAAUACUACGAGGAUUUGGUCGGCCUGCUUGAGGCAAGGAAAAAAUCAAAAUCUUCCAAUGCUGGUGUUACAAUUGGGAUCUAUUAUGUGGAAGGAGGACUGAGAGGGAGUAAGGAAUCAGAAUUUCUCCAGAACUUAACACAGCACAAAAGCCAGGACCUCGGAUUCGUCAGACUUUUGUCCAAAGUACAAACAGCUCACUUCAAAAUGAGAACUAACAAACUGAUGCUUCAUGAUGACUUCUACGUCUCACUCAUGGAGCUUCCUGAGCAGUACAACUUUGGGAUGUACUCGCGCUUCUUCAACACGUUCGGCACUCAUUAUGUCACAGAGGGAACCAUGGGAGGAACCCUUGAAUAUGUUGUUGUUGUCAACAAAACAUCCAUGGCUGAAUCAAGGCUGACAGGUGACCAAGCUGGAAGAUGCUUUGGUGGUACCAUCGGUUUAAGUUAUCCCCUUGACACUUUGGGAACAGCAGGGCUGAAAGUGGGAGCAGAUUCAUGCAAUAAAAAAGGAAAAUUUAAUCAACAGCAGAGCUCUCGUUCAGUUGUGAUUGAAGACAUUGUAACUCUGGUGAAAGGUGGGAUCGUAGUCAGCAGCAGUGGCCUUUUGGCUAUCAGGAACCCUGACACCUACAAGAACUGGGGAGCAUCACUCAAGUACAACCCAACACUCAUUGAGUAUGAGACCCUGCCGAUUUAUGAGCUUGUCCGCCUCAGCACGGCUGCUAAUCAUGUAGGAGCAAGACUGGCCAACAUGCAGAGGGCUUGGGACGAGUACAUGCAGCAUUUCGACUCCUGUCGCUGCGCCCCCUGCAGGAACAAUGGAAUCACAAUACUCAAAGGAACAUCCUGUAACUGCAUCUGUAAGUCAGGCUACCAGGGAGAUGCCUGUGAAGAGACUCACAGAGCAGAUACCAGGACUGAUGGGUCAUGGUCAUGCUGGGGGGCAUGGUCAUCCUGUUCUUCAGGGAGGAAGACUCGGACAAGAACCUGUGAUAAUCCAGCGCCUGAUGGAGGUGGAAGAACCUGUUUGGGCUCCUCCUCUCAGAGUCAGCGUUGUUAAGGCCCUCAGUGCCGACUCAUCGCAAUCUACUAAGUGUUUUUACAUCCUUAACACUUUUGCUAAAAUUAAAGAAAUCACUGUUGUUCCUCAGGAUACACUACUGCAUGCUUCAAAAUCUGAAUAAAUGUGAACUGUGCAGAUGUUAAAAUUAUUUUGGCUUGUUGAUUGCUGUAUGUUGAUUGAUAGUCUAAUCUAAGGUUGUCUCAGUGCAACUGUAACUUUGAUAUACCUACAUAUACCAAUAUAUACCAUACCCAUUACACAUGUAAUGUCAGAACAACAUAAUACAUCACUUCCCUGGCAAAAAAAAUCACACUGUUGAUGUUAACUAUCAGCCACAAUAGAAAAAGUGCAUGCUGUUUAACUAUCCAUUAUGUGUGCCGCCUUUCAAGGGGCUGGAGCCAACAACCAGCCACAUUCUUACUCACACCUAUGGGCAAUUUAGAGUCACCAAUAUACCUAACGAAUAUGUCUUUGGACCAAGUGAAAAAGCUGGAAUAUCUGCAAAAAUCACACAUAUGUAUAGGGAGAAAAUGCAAACUCAAUACAGAAAGGCCCUGUAAAGUCAGGAUUCAAACCAGGAACCUUUAUGUUGUGAGGCAGCAGUGCCAAACACUGCACCAAUGUGCAGCCCCCCAUCAUGCUAAAAUAUUCUUCUUAAUAUAAUGGAUUGUAUACAAUGUAAAAAUAAACCUGCUUCCAUUAAAGGAAAUUAUCAGAGUUG